GCCUGUCUCAACCACAAGACGAAAACAAAUCUCACGUACAAAGGGACGUAAAUACUGCCGCGUGCUGUUCUAUCGACGGCUCAUCUGGUCGUAUUUCCUCUAACAAAGACAAACAGAAGACAAGAUGGUUUCCCCUGUCACUGUGGUCAAGAGCGAGGGUCCAAAGCUUGUGCCAUUCUUCAAAGCCACUUGUGUCUACUUCGUUUUGUGGCUGCCCACCUCGAGCCCGUCCUGGUUCAGUGCCCUUAUCAAAUGCCUGCCCAUCUUCUGUCUCUGGGUUUUUCUGCUAGCGCAUGGCAUCAGCUUUUUAGGUGCCCACUCCAGUGCCAGGAAAAUCCUGGCAGGACUUAUUUUUUCAGCUUUGGGUGAUGCAUUUCUCAUCUGGCAAGAGCAAGGCUACUUUUGUCAUGGGCUGCUAAUGUUUGCCAUCACACACAUUCUCUACUCUUCGGCUUUUGGGAUGAAGCCCCUCAACUUGAGAGCAGGUUUGGUCAUUGCUGUCGCUUCAGGCCUCAGCUACACCCUUCUUUACCCCUACCUCUCUGGUCCCUUCACCUACCUGGUGGCCGUUUACAUCGCUCUCAUCGGGUUCAUGGGUUGGAGGGCCAUUGCUGGUGUCCAGGUGGCCAAUUACCUCUGGACCUGGACGAAACUGUCUGCCUGUCUUGGAGCUGUCCUCUUCAUGGUGUCUGACCUCACCAUUGCCGUCAACAAGUUCUGCUUCCCUGUGCCCCACUCCCGAGCCAUCAUAAUGGCCACCUACUACGCGGCACAGAUGUUGAUUGCGCUGUCAGCUGUGGAAUGCCAAGAUGCCGAUGUGUCUUGGAAAAGAGCCUGAGCAAUUGCACCUUAACCAACCUUCCCCCAUUGAUGUACCGUUGACAGCAGCUGCAAAGGUUCAGAUCCCACUUCCUGAAACCCCUGGUCCAUCUGCAGUUCCCCCUGUCUGAUCAUGACUGAGAUAUAUUGGGUAUAGUUGAGGAUCCACCCAUUUAAGAUGGUGUAAGAUCACUCUGAUUGGUCACACAAGGUUGGACAGUCCUGGUCAUUAACAUCUUUGCUCAGUCAGGCCUUAUCCCAUAAUUCCUCAGUGUUAGUAUAUCACUUUUGUUUCUAAGUUUCCUCUUGUAGUAUACUACAUGGCCAAAAGUAUGUGGACACCAGAACACCACACCCAUUUGUCCUAGAUGAACAUUUAAUUUCAAAACCAUUGGCUUUAAUAGGGAGUUGGUCCUCUAUUUGCAACUGUAACAGCUUCCACUCUUCUGGGAAGGGUUUCUACUUGAUGUUGGAACAUGGCUGUUUGGAUUUGCUCCCAUUCAGACACAAGAGCAUCAGGGAGGUCAAGCACUGAUGUUGGGCGAUUGGAUCUGGCAUACAAUCAACGUUUCAAUUAAUUUCAGCGGUAUUUAAUUGGGUUCAGGUCUGGUCUUUGCGCACACCAGUCAAGUUCAUCCGCACCAGACUCUCUAGACCAGUGGUUCCCAACCCUGUUCCUGGAGGCCCCCCAACACUGCACAUUUUGUAUAUCUCCAUUUUCUGACACACCCAGUUCAGGUCUUGGAGUCUCCACUAAUGAGCUGAUGAGUUGAAUAAGGUGUGAUUGAUUAGGGAGAUAUCCAAAAUGUGUAGUGUUGGGGAGCCUCCAGGUAGAGGUUUAGGAUCCACUGCUCGAAACCAUUUUACUGGUCCUAUGACAGCUCUUUGGUAUGGCCCAUUCUGUUGAAAAUGUUUGUCACAGGUGAUUGCAUGGCUGUAUGCUUGAUUUUAUGCACCUGUUAGUAAUGGUGUUGCUGAAAUAGCCAAACCCAUUAAUCAGAAUAGCAUGUCCACAUAAUUUUGGCGAUAUAGUGUCAUUAUCAUUGUGGUAUUGAGAAAGGAAAGAAAGAGAAGUGUUUGUUGUAACACUGUUACAAUGCUUUAUAAUUGAAAUUCUGGUUUAGAGAGAAAAUUUUCCCUAACCCUGGUCCUGUCUAGAAGGGAACCAUUGGGGCAAGUAAAAGUCUCGCAAGAGUCACAUGCAACAUUAAUACUUGGGGUUUAUUGUGUUUUUUGGACAAAUCCUACCACAGAAAUCCUUGACUUGCCCUUACCCCUAACCUUAACCCUAACCUUAGUAACAGCAUAUGCAAAUCUUGCACGACUGUACCAGCCUGAUGGUUCCCUUCUAGACAUGACCCCCAGCCCUUCCCAAAGAAGCAGGUCAGGAACCUUUCGGGCCUGCAGAAUAGACCAGCAAACAAUAUAAGGUGGUUCAAAUUUUUCUUAGGGGGCUGGUUUCCCCAUCUCACUUUAUAUUUACCAGACGUAUUCAGAGAGCAGCAUGACAACCAUUUCAUACGAAAGCUGAUAUUUUAGUGUACUUAGUGCUGCUGUACUGAAAAUCAAUGGACAGGACUUUGUUGUAGUAUUGUGUGUAUACCUUGAUGUUUAUCCUGUGUCAUUGACACAUUUCAUAGUGUUGAUUUAAUUUUGUUUCAUAACGCUGAGUUCAUACACAAACAUCUAUGCCUCCAUACACUCUCAUGUGCUGGAGACGUUGUCUUGCUUGAAAUAUCCAUUACGCCUAAUUGAAUGCAUGCAGUGGUGGAGCUGUCUCUAGAGUAGUUAAAGCCCAAAUGUUUUGUUAAGAUGUGAUACAUGACCAAAACUGAUAUGAAAACAAGUCAAAACCCUUGUGAAAGGGAGGGAGGUCACUAUCUCGGAGGCAAUUCAACAACAGUGUCUGUUAUCUUUUUCUUAUGUUUCUGCCCAGCCAACAGCACUGCUCAGUACAUCUACCACAAGGAAACAGCAAAGAAGUACUAGUUGUACUGUUUAUUUUGUAUGUACAGUGCCAGAUAUUGUUUUUAAAGAGGGUGUAAUGUAAGCUUCCAACUACUUUCAUUUCUGUUGCCAGUGAGAAAUGUCUUACUCAAGGGAAAGUCCCAUGAUGGGCGAAUUAACAUCUGCGUUAAUCCUGAUCUUUGGAUUAGCUGGUAUUAUUUUUUAACUAGAGAGAAAAGCUAGUGCAGUUUUUUGUGUUUUUUUUUUUUGUUUCACAUUCCUUUAUCAUCACAUUAACAUCUAUUCCUUCAUCUGAAAACGUGUGUACAUUUCACAGCAUUUUCUGUGAAGAUUUCUCACCUUGUAAAUAUUUUACAGUACAGCAUUCCUCUCUCUCAUUUGGUAAUGUGUUUUACAAGCCGGAUUGUGUAUUUUGGUGAAACUUACGAAAGCAUGUCCAGGUCAUAUUUCACACCAAAAUCAAAAGAUAAACAUAAGAAAUUACACCAUUAUUUUCCAUAAAUCUCAAUAAGGGAUCAUCACCUGAUCUUUGACUGAUACUGAAUGAGGGAAAAAAUUUGCCACAAUGGAAUGUUCUGCCAGGUCUGAUAUGUACUCAGCUGCUAUGCCCUUAGGUGUGAGUGGAAAUGAGUUUCAAAUGCAAACACAGCCAGACGUUCGAGAGUGGGCAUUCGUUGAAGUGAUACGCUGCCCACCACCUGGCCGUGGCAUGCGGGAAAGUAGUGUUCGUGGCUGAGUUGGCGACACAUCGAACAAGUGUGUCAUUUUAAUGGACAUUAGUAAGGAUAGAUAACAUAUUUGCUGAGAAUGAAAAUAGGCAAUGAGGGAUAGAAGUUCUAUCCAUUCAAUGGGCCUUAUGAGACAUAGAAUGAAGUUUCUAUGUAAAUGUUCGUAAAACCAUUCUUAUGUAAAAUUGAAGGACAGAUUACGGUCCUGCAAGGUUCCGGGGCUCCGGCCUCUCUGGAUAUCCCCUCUUAUCACAAUUCAAAGAUAAAAUAUUCAAUUAAUGUGUAAUUCCUUUUCAAAUAUGAGAAAUAGUCACAAUUGCAAGAUAUGAAGUUAAGGUAUAUCUUUAAAGGUAUAUAAAGUUACGGUUAAAGUCUAUUGUGUCCGCUGUACCGUUGAGCACAUAAUUGCCACUGUCGCUGUCAUCACGCACACACUUAGCUCAAGCACUGAGCACUCGAAAAACAGCACAGCUAUUUUAGUACAUUUGCUUAAUGCCAAGUUUCAUAGGUUCCCUUUUCAGGGGUCACACUGUCAGCAAAACAUUUCAGCUUUGUCAAAAGAGCAUUCGUGAUUUGCAAGGUCAUCACAACAGUAUGUCUUUUCAAAGUCAUUAGCCCCUUUCACACAUGCAACCUGGUAAAUUGCUGUAAAACUGUUUGAUUACCUUUACUGGUAAAGGCACCACAUCUGCUAUUCACGCAUGCAACAAUUUCUGUCUUUUUUUCUGUUUUGUGCCCAUUCACACAUCCGCAACAAAAUGCCAUUAAACUCUGAGAUGUAGUUAGUUAUUUUAUCAGUCGAAAAAUUUCUUCAUCCACUUGUGAGUUGGAGGAGGGUGGCUUUAAAAGGUUUUCUCCACUUUGAACACUUGAAAUCUCCAUUUCUUUGUGGUCCAGGGUCAUGGCUGCACAUGGUCGAUUUCCAUUGGCUGCUCACCGUAUGGCUUCAUAUUUGAGUUGCGGAACAUCAUACAAUACAAGAUUUCCUCUUUUUUUUAAUAUAUAUAUAUAUAUAUAUCCUCCAACUUGAUGGAACAAUUUCACCAUCUGUCCAAUUUGAUGGAAGUUUUUGACUCAAGUGUAACGAAAUCAUCUCCGUUUUACGUCAGCGCGUCCUGACCGUGUACGUGCUCAAACUUUUUAUCUUACGACUCUGUUCACACAUGGCAUCAAAACUGAACUUUUCAGGUAAUGUUACAACUUCUCAUUCAGGGAAAUAGCCAGUGCUAAAUUUACCAGUAUCUUCGAACGGGUCGUGUUCACACAUGAACUAUUAAGCGACCAUUGUGCUACAAAUCGGUAAAGUGUUGUGAAGGUCUGGGGGGAUGACAAAGCGUUUUUAGCAAAAUAUAAGGGAAGUCAUAGUUGCUUCUUGCAUUGUCUUAUUUUUUUUUUUAUUGCUUCAGAAGUUAUGAUUGGGCAGAUGAAUCUCACGAAAACAUAUCCAGGUUGCAUUUCAUUCCAAAAUCAAUAGAAUUUUUUAUUUAUUUAAUUUUUUCAAGGAAAUACAGCCUACUUUUAGGAUCAUCAAUGUUUUUUGCAGUGAGUUUUUUUUUUAUUUUUUAUUUUUUUUUUUAAUUCUCAGUGGUGGGACAAGUUAAAAUAAAUGUUUGUGGUAAUCAACAUUAUGCUACAAAUGCUGUCAAUUGAGCUUAACUUGCAUCGAACCCGGAACAUUUAUUUAAAGUAAUGAGAAUUAGGGUUAAAAAUGUGCUUAGUUGUCAUUAAAAAUGUCACAGUGCAAAAAAAUAUCAAUGGACCUAAAAUAGGCUUAAUUUUCUUUAAGCAAAAUACAAUUUCUUAUUUUUGUUUUUUGGGGGGUAAAGCAUAACCUGGACAUGCAUGUAAUUGACAGGUUUUGUGAGAUUCAGCAUAUAGUACAACCGUCACAAUGUUGUUCCUCCUAUUCUGUGCUUAACAUUUAUUUUCUUCUUUGUUCACAACCUGCUGUCACCUUCCAGAUGGUUGGAAUUCGACACAAUUAUACACAACCUCCCUAUGUUUCCUCCUUUUUUGUGUAAACGCAAACGCCAAAGAGGAGAACCGGUGCCUUCUGUGUCCAUCACAGAAAUAGGUCCUGACACUCUGUGGUCAUUAAAAAUCCUAGAGCACUUCUUGUAAAGAGUAGGCGUGUAACCCCGGUGUCCUGGCUAAAUUCCCCCCAUUGGCCCUUCUCAAUCAUGGCCUCCUAAUAAUCCCCAUCCACUAAUUGGCUCUAUAACUCUAUACCUAUAACUCCUCCUCUCCACCAAUAGCUGAUGUGUGGUGAGCGUACUGGCGGUCAUGCCGACACAUCAUCCAGGUGAUGCUGCACACUGGUGGUGGUUGAGAAGAGUACUCUGUUCACUGUGUAAAGCACUUUGAGUGUAGUGUUAGAAAAGCCCUAUAUAAAUGUAACAUUCAUUCAUUCAUUCAUUCAAAUACUGUCUUUUGAGAAGUUUCCAUCUGGCUUUGCUUGAGCUGGUGACCUUAUUCAGAUGGCAAUGUGUGUAAUUGUUUCAGGCAGUUGAUGCUUUUGUGUUGUGUCAUGUGAUAUGAAACAGAAUGCUGGGAGUUCUGUGGGGUCUGUAUUGAUGACCAUGUUUAGGUAUAGCUGUCCCAGGAAUAAUCCACUUGGUUUAAAGCACACUGUUGAGGGAUGUAGGUAUGUGCACUUUUCCAUUUUAUCUCUAUGUUCCUUUUCUUAUACUGUCUCUUUGAGCUUUGGCUCAAAACCUACUCCAUGUAAGGACGUGAAUUUGCAGAAAGCUUGAUUUUAUGCAUUGUUCCGUUCUAACAUGGCUGAAAGUCAUUACACAGUGCAAGUAUGCAUUGCAUUCUCGGCAUUGCCGCUAAAGGUGCUAUAGUGGGCAUUUGUCGUCUUCUACAGUUUUCGCUAACUUUAACAAAAACAAGUAAGUUAAAGUUAGUUAGACUGUGAAUACAUUUAAAGCAAGUUUAUUUACCUGAAUAAUAACACUUCUGUUUAUUGGCACAGACAUUUGAAGGUAACUAUCGCCUCCUUGUAGCGGUUUUUUACCACUAGAGCAAAGCAAGAUCUCAUGUUAAGUAUACAAAAAGACUGCUCGUAUUGGCCAAGCAUUAGCAUCUGCAUAUCUGCGUAGAGUAUGUUUCCGGCCUUACAGUGGUGUGCAAUACAUUUUAGCACCCUGUGAAUGAAGUUCUCAAAGAUGAAGAAUUUGAGUUGUACUUCUGUCCUCUUGCAUCACAAGAUGCAGAUCCUCAUCAGGUUUUGGAAUGGAGCUAUGGAACAUCACCUAGAGAGUGGAAGAUUUAAGUGUUCAGACAUGAGAUUUUGAAAUACUGCAUAAAAGACACACUUGGUUGAAUAUUAGUGAUGCUUUUCACAAAUCAUUCAUUUCCUUUCUAUUUUGUUCUUUUUGUUGUUGUUGAUGUUUUUUAAAUACACCUUCUUAAAUGAUCUCUGCUGCGAACAUUGUGUGCAAUCACAAAUUUACCAAGCUUGGUACAUAUUAUUCUGUAUCACCUCUGCCUUUAAGAGAAAAUCGAAGGGUAGCUGCUGUUUCUAACUAACAUUGAAUAUGAUAAUAAGCCUAUAAUCUAAAUUGGUUCCAACUUAUACGAAUGUCUUAUAAAAUACAGAUGUAUUAACACAAUAUUUACUAAAAAUGACUGUAAUACCUUCCAAUACUAAUAUCAUAUAUUGCAGUUAUAUUAAUGUAUAAUUGUUAUAAUGCAAUUUAUAACACACUAUAGUAAGAACAAAGCAUCUAAGGUGGACCAAUACUGACAUCUUUGCUAUAGAUAUCUAGGAAAACAAAUAUAUAUCUAUAACAUUUGUUAUAUUAGGCAGUGACAACACUUUGUUAGUGAAAGCUGUGCAGUUGUGAUUACAAUCUAAAAAAAAAAAAAAAAAAAAAAAAAGCUCUUAAGGUGGUUUUAUGGUCUGUGAACAUUAUUACUAAAUAGGGGAAGCUCUUAUUUUAGAGUACCACUCUCUCCCUUUCUCAUGCUAUAUUUACAGUAUAGUAUACAGUUGACCCUUUAACAUUGUGAAGUUAUUAUUAUGUUGUGAAUGAAUGCUGUUAGUAGUUAUGAGGUCGAUUAAAUUUUUUGCCUUAUUGUUAUAAAUGUCCUGUUGUUUAAUUCUUUGUUAUUGUUGUUAAUGGAUGGUAGUGCUCAUUUAUUGUAGUGAUACUGCUAUGAAUGUGAUCCAAUCCAAGUGAGAAAUAAAUGCAACUGCAAUGCAAUUGAAAACCUUUUUCUUUUUUACUUUUAUCACGUUUGUCUCAUUAUUAUUGAAAGUGACAUUAAACUGUUGAACCUGAGGGUAAUGUAUCCUUAAACGGACAUUUUGCAAAUAAUAAAAAAUUCUGUCAUUC